AUGUUCCAUCGACUGGAUAAGAUGCGCAAGCAGGCGUUCUCGUCGAUGUGCCUGUUCCGAACUGACGGCCACUCCACUAUCUCGGGCGUGUGGGUGUGGCGCGGACACGAACUCGCGUUCCCGCUCUCGCCCGACUGGCAGAUCGAUUACGAAUCGUAUGACUGGAAGAAGCUGGACCCAGCCAACGAGGAGACGAAGAAACUGGUACAGCAAUACUUCUCGUGGACUGGUACCGACAAACAAGGCCGCAAGUUCAACCAAGGCAAGAUCUUCAAAUGAAGAGCAGAGCGGCCUCUAGUUCCGCACCUGGUACCGUUGCGCUCGUUGCACUUGUGUAACAGUAUCGUGUGCCACUCAUUUAAUGGUGACGACUUAACUCUAAGAGCGAACAGUGUCUUAUAAAACACAUGUAUUUGCAUUUAUUUUCGACGUCCCUCGAUACAGAUCAAUAUUAAUUACAUUUUUACCGGAAGCCAGCUUUGUAAUAA